CAAAAUACCAGUGUUUUUACACACAAAGUAUUAAAACAUCCUUCAUUUUGGACAGAUCCUAAGUCAUCUGAUUUUUAUUCAAAUGAUGAUCCACAGCUGAGACAGUCCCAAGGUCCUUCCUACACAUAGCUCUCUUGAAGUUUUUCAGGCCUGGUGUGGCUUUUAGAACAGCUCAGAGUCUGCUUUCUAUUGCUCCGUGGGCCCUUUGGAAGAAUGAUGAGAUGGGAAUGCCCUUAGUUGGGGCUGCUGUGUGUGGAUGGCAUUACUUCUGCCCAGCCACUUCUUGCUCAGAGGUCUCAGAAGAUAUCACUGUGUAGCUUCUACUGCUGAAGCCUGGCUUAGCAUCCUGCAACGUACCAGGGGCAACAGUCAUUUUAAUCUUUCUGACCUUCUAGGGUACUGCUAUAGCCAGGGCCAGUCUGUUUACCUAGCUGCUAGAUAAAGACACCAAGCAUUUACCGUGUGUCAGAAAUUUCAUUAGGGAGAGGGUAGAGAAUGUUAGCAAGACACUGUUCUCCCUUAGUAGAAGUGUUACAAGAAAAGAGACAAGCUUGGAACCUACAACAAACACACAGAUAUGGAGACAGAAACGUUCUCCCAAAUACAACCAAGUGUUUUGUGGGAGCAAAGAAGGGGCUGUGGCGGAGGAUGGAGAAGGGUGGGGUGAUCUGAGAAGAUGGCUGGUAUGCUCCCUAAAGCAUAAUAAGGAGUCCAUCUGCGAGGCUCAGAAGGAAACAACCGUAGAGUAACUGCUGGCAGCAUGUCCCAGGAUUCAGAGAGAGAGAGAAUAAAAGAGUGGAGCUCCAUGGACCAGGGUGAAGGUUUGUUCCCAGUGCUAGAGAGAAUCGCUGGAAUGCUCAAAGGAGGGAAGAGCAUGAUCCACUUUCAACAGCUGAUCCCACUGUUCUGUGGAAAGCCUAUCACAGGAGGCAAUAGCAGCUAUGGGAUGCCAGCAAGGACUCUCCUGCAAAGACCAUGGGUAGGAAAGAAGUUGUCCUACACCAUGGCAUAACAGCAGAGAUAGGCAUAGGGAAAGUUUUAUGUACAAAAACACACAUUUAAAAGCAUAUAUUUUAUAAACCAUGUCUCAGACAUGAGCUCUCAACUUUCCAUUAUGAUGGUAAAUAAAACUAGAGAACAGCAGCAACAAAAAGGCCAGGAAACAGAAGGAAUGAGCUAAAAUGGAAAGAUCCUGAACGUGUGCUCUCAUUUCUUCUUCCCACCUCAGUGAUCAAAGCUGGGGUAGGCUUUCCUCCCAAACAUCUUCCUCUCUAUCGAAGUGGAUCUUAACCAGAUCUGGAAUUAUAUAAAUAUCUGAAGAGAAAAUGUUCCUGAAUGUAACAAGUUAGGUGUGGCCAUGCAUUUGAGCCUUGCAGAAGAUGCCCACGGAAGCCGUAAGCCAGGGACGCUGAAGGAAGAGGAGAGCCUAAUUCUGGCACAAAAUUUCCAGCACACCUAUGCAGCACACAGGUCUGAGGCGAAACUUCCACUUCAAAAUAAAGGAGAGGAAGGAAAAGAAGAUGGGAUGUUUAAGAAUAAUCAUCAUGACUACAAGGAAAAAGUGGAGGCCAUUAUUAAGAACAUUAAUACCGUUUCUUUGGAGGUGAAGAAGAUGAAAGAACUCUCCCAGAUCCUACUCUGUGACCUCAAUCUCCAUUUUGGUCAGUACAAGAAGACAGAGGAUCUCAAGGAUGCAGAAACGAACCAACCAUUUGAGGAGCCUGAGAUACCAGAUGUAGCCCUUGCUUCUAUCAGUUUAUCUGACUGAAUUUUUUGUGUGUGUGUCUGUUUUGAAUUUCUGGUUUUGUUGACUUAAAAAUCUACUAAGUUUAGUAAUAUAACCUAAAACAGUAUAAAGUUAUAAAUAAGCAUAUAAUCUUCCUGAAAGCUGUUUUUCUUUUCUUAAAUGCCUCAAAGGGAAACUGAUUCCAUUAAUAGUGGAAGUCUGAUGUUGGACAUUGGCCUGUCUGUGUUUGAUGUGCUGUCCAUGCUCUCCCUGCAAUAGACAGGCUUCCUCCAUGUGCUGUGUAGAAGGCAGUAGCAUAGUAGCAGAUAGAUCUGCCUUUGGGGGACUCUAUAAAGGACUGAUUUUCUAUAUCUGAGAGGGACCCUGAAAGGCCUAACUUAGGAAAGAUGUUAAUCUUUGAGUAGAGUGAGCAAUGACCCCGGCUGGGGGCAUAAGGCCCAUGACUCGGAUGGGAAAGGCUCUGGCAGAGAACAGAAUGGAAAUCACAUGAGUUACUAGUCCUGAAAACAGAGACUCCCGUGAUUGCAGUCAUAGGAGUGUAAGAGAAUUCCUUACCCACAAGGUUCAUUUAUCCUUUAUCCUGAGACUCAAAUACUUUCCUUGUUGCUGUGAGUAAGCACCUGGUAAGAAGCAACUUAAGGGAAGAAGGGUUGGUUUUAGCUUAUAUUUUGAGGAGAUAUGGUUGAUCAUGGCAAGGAGGUGAAAGUGGUAGACUGUGAGGCUGCUGGCCACAUUGUGUCCAUCAUUGUGAAGCACAAAGAGGCUGUGAAAUCUCCGUGCUCUGCACACUCGACCCACAGUUAGGGUGGAUCUUUCCUCCUCCAUUAAACGUCUCUGAAAACAUCCUCACAGACACCACCUUAUGUGACUCUAAAAUCCAGGUGACAAUUUUAACCAUCAUAACUAGGAAGAGAUGAUUUAUGAUCUACCAUGUCCUUAAUUUUCAUCACUUUUAACUGUAAAAAAAAAAAAAAGAGUUUCAUAAAGCAUGACACAAACUGAUCUUAUUCUAUCACGGAGCCUGCAGUAUUCUGCUACCUUCUCCCCAGGACCUCGCUCUGUAUUUCAUACAGUAUAGACACUAUAAAUCCCUGUUGGACAUCCUGCUGUGGAAACAUAACUAAUACAGCAUUUUCAGUUUUAGAUUUUCCAGGUCCUGGAUCCUAAAUUAAGAACUCGGGGUUUGUAAGAGCAAGGUUUUACCAAAUAACAUAAUUGUCACUGGCUAAGCAUUUUCACAUUCUAUCUACUCCUUAGUGUGUCCUUAAUGACCUGGUGACUUCUGAGGUUCCACCCCCAAAAGAGUUGUUCUUUAACACAUGAAAAUAAAAGUACAGAAUAUUCCUUUCCAUGUUAAAAUUUUGUAGAUCAAAGAAAUCAAAACUUUUUGUCAAUAAAAGUAACAAUGAUUCCAAUAGUCACAAGGGAAUGAGAUUGGAAGAACAAGGACUGUCAGCGUUCAGUGAAUACCACAUUAUGGCUUGCUAAACAUGAACAGCACUGCAAAUUCUUUUCUGCCUACACUGAUGAUAUCUUGAUAAAACUUACAGUGGUGAGGGGAACUACUGUGAAUUGGAAAUUCAUUUACUAUACAUAACCUAUUGAACAUCAGAGCUCAGUCUAGCCUGCCUUAAAC